CUUUUGGUAGCAUAAUGACAACUUUCACAUGAUUAAAAUAAAAUAAAUCAUAAAAGAUACUAUCAUGUUUGUCAUUUUCCUAGGGCUAUUAUUCUUUCCCUGGGCAGCAGCAUCUUCACCCUCUUGCUUAAUCCUUAACCUCUCCACCAACAAACAACAUUUUCAUUCCAUUCCUAGUAUCAACAAACCAUAAUGUCUAAAACCCUCAUCACCCUUGCCUCUCACUCUCUCUUCCCCCUUCUUGCCCUCCCUGCUCUCUUCUGGGCUCUCAACAGGCUCAAACCCAGGCAAACCAAGCUUGUGUUCUAUGUCCAUGAUUACCUCUCUGGUGAAAACACAUCAGCAAUCUCAGUGGCAGGAAGGGAUGGGCCCAAAACCAGUGUCCUCCAAUUUGGGACCAUUAUUGCAGUGGAUGAUCCAGUUACAGUGGGCCCAGAUCCAAAGUCCAAGGAGAUUGGUAGGGCCCAAGGCCUGUACAUAAACUCCCAGCUGGAUGGGAAAGGGCUGCACUUAGUUUUCUCAGUGAUUUUCACAGAAGGGGAGUAUAAAGGCAGCAGCUUGGAGAUUCAAGGGGCAGAUAUUUUUAGCAUGAAGGAAAGAGAGUUUUCUGUGGUCUCAGGGACUGGGUUUUUUAGGUUUGUGAAGGGGUUUGGGAUUAUGACCACUGAGUUCAUGGACAUACCUAACCUGAAGGCUAUUCUCAAGCUUGAUAUCACUGUCAGACAUUACUAAUAAAUAGUAUAGAAUCUGAAUUGGUAUAUGUGGCAUCUCAUCUUUAGUUUGCUUGCUCUUUUAUAGUUCUAAUGUUAUAAUCAAAGAGGUAUUUUUGUAAUUUGUAAUGUCUGAUGUUUGGUCCAUUCCAUUUAAUUCCACUGUCCUACCUCAAUGCAUGCUAGCUACCUAAGCCA